AUGACAUCUCGUAAACUAUCUACUUCGGUAGCAGAUCCUCAGGGAGUGCAUGCAUUAACCGCUUCUCGUCUCAUUGAUUUGGACAAAAAUCCAGGUGUCAGACCAAUUGCUGAAGACAUUGCAGUUCAGUCCUUGAAAGCAGGGGCCGAGUACGUUACGAUUUCUUAUAGGUCCAGACCAAUUGACACUAAAUGGCCACCUGGAAUAGACCAGAGAACAAAUUUGGAGCGAAUUGAUGGAAAAACAGUAAGCUUCAAGGAUGGUACCAAAGAUGAUUAUGACGUCAUUAUUUAUUGCACCGGGUACCUGCACAGAUAUCCAUUUAUGGAAGAUAGACUGCAACUUCACUGCAACAAUACGUUUGCAGUGCCGCUGUACAAACAGGUGCUGGUCCCCCACAAUAAGCAGCUGUUUUACAUUGGAAUGCAGGCCAUGUUUUAUACUCUUCCCAUGUUCUGGCUUCAAGGUCAUUUCUGCGCCAAGGUCAUCAGAGGUGAGCUAGAAGUACCGCCACUUGAGUCUAUGUUGCGUGAAAUUGCACUGGAACGAAAAGAAGAAAGCGAUCAAGGUGAGGGCGUCUUCGACCCGGUGUUUUUUCAGACCCCGUAUUUGAACGAGCUUUCAGAACUAACUGGUCAAGUUAAAGUUGGGUUUGAAGAAGCAUUCUACUUGUACCAAGUUGACAGGAAAUCAGAUAUACUGGAGUACAAGAAACAAGGAAAAUAUAUCGAACUGAACACACAACGGAAAAAACUAUACGAAACACAUAAAUGACCUCAAAAAAGCAAUGUGCAAAUUUUAAUACCCAUGGUCAAUUUUCAAGGGACAGAAAACGAUAGAUCUAAAUUUGACAAUUAAAAUAGUUGAUUUGUAACCAUCCGUUAUUCAUACUGUGAUUUCUUGAAAUGUUGUAAUUCGGACAUCAAACUCAUUCUUUGACCGAAGUGCGGAAUUGCAGAU